CGCUGGUUGGAAGGACUUGUGUGGCAGAUUCGACAGAAAUUUCUAUGUGCGCAAUGUAAAAUAAGGCUCUAAAUCCAAAUUCAGCGGUUAUAUUUACCCAUACGAUGCCUUAAAUCCAUCUAUUAAUUUGUAUUCUUUUGUUGUUUGGGCGUUGGAGAAAUGGAUGGACAAAAAGCAGCUGGUUCUGUGUUCAUGUGUCAGCUGUGCAACCUCUUCUCUCCCAGUCGUCCUCAGCUGUUGGCCCAUUGCUCCGAGGUGCACCCCCAGCACCAGCACCCAGAUGACAUCAUCAUUGCCCUGCUGCCCCUCGUAGAAGAGGUUGAGGAAACGCCAGCAGAGAACCCAGUGAAGCGAAAACGAGGACGACCAAAAGGCUCUACCAAGAAGACUCGCAAAGAUUUGACAGAGGGCAAGUCUACCGAUUCUCUGGAGGAUAAUGUUCAGAGAGAAGAAGAAGGGAAUAAGGAGGAGGGAGACAGACAAUGUAGCUUGAUACAAGGUGAAAGCCAUGAUGCGAUAUUGGGUCUGGAAUGUAGAAACUGCCAUCGCUCCUUCAGCAACAGACGUCAGAUCCUUAAACACAUCUGCCUCAGAGUGGAGGAAGAGGAGGAUGAGGAAGAGAGUGGGAUCAACUGUGGUGGAGCAGCAGCCGAGGGUUCUGGGAGUUUGGAUCCUGGGGAAGCAGAUCCAAACCAGGCGCAACUAAAUCCAUCAAGACCAGCAAGAGAAAAAGAUGUUGGCAGCUUCAGACCCCCAAAAACCAGCCGGGGCCGCGGGAUCUCUAAGGAAGGAGGCCUCACACUGGGAAAUAAAAAGUCUGUCGUCAGUGUUGUUUUGACAGAAGAUGAAACACUUCCAGGUGUUUCUAAAAUGGUUCCAGUUGAGGAUUCGUCGGCAGAAACUGAAGCUCAACCUCAGAGUCAGUCACAAAACCUUGAAAGUGAAGCCACUGCCUGUGAGGGUAACCCAAAAACAGAUCUGGAGCCGAGUAGUAACCCGACCUCCACAACAACAACAACAACAACAACAACAACAGCAGCAGCAGCCAGCAGAGGCUUCCAGGAAUAUUCUAUCAAGCAAGAUGCUCCCAAUUUACUACAGAGUCAGUUGAAGAUCUUUGCCUGCGAGUUCUGUAAUAAGAUCUUUAAAUUCAGACACUCACUGGUCGCCCACCUCAGGACUCACACCCAGGAGAAACCCUUCCAGUGUCCACACUGUGACUACGCAUCAGCCAUCAAAGCCAACCUGAAUGUUCACCUGAGGAAGCACACGGGAGAGAAGUUCACCUGUCAGCACUGUCCUUUCAACUGCCUCAGCCCAGGACACCUCAAGGUCCACAUAGAGCGAGUCCAUUUCAAGGUGAAGCAGCACUGCAGCUUCUGUGAGAAAAAAUACUCCGAUGUUAAGAACUUGCUGAAACACAUGGAGAAACGACAUAACCUGAAAGACCCCGCCGUUUACCAGAGUUACCAAGAACUGAGGUUAAAGACUCGUCAGGGCCUCAGACAGCUCCUCUACCGCUGUCCCACCUGUAACCGGCGCUUUAAGAACCAGCUGGAGCGAGAGCGCCACUUGUUGGUCCACGGGCCCCAGCGGCCCUUCGUCUGCCUCCUCUGUGACCACGCUACAACCAAGAUGGCCACCCUUACCGGCCAUGUCAGGAAGCACCUCUUCCUAUACGUGUGCUGCGUGUGUGAUGGAAAGUUUGUCAGCUCCCAGAGACUGAAGAGUCAUUUAGAAGAGUCUCACCUUGAGCUGGAUCAGGAGCAGGCCUUCGCCAACUGCAUCAACAACAGCUACUAUCUGAUCCAGCCUGGGGGAGGCAUAUGGGGGGAUGAAGAAAGGGAGGACACAGAGAAAGGGAUGAAGGAAGAGCUGAGGAAAGAGCAGCAGGGGGAAGAUGAGAGGACGAGAGAGGAAGGUAGAAGAAACGGUGUAGGAGGGGAGGAGGUGCGAGACGGGGAUGAGGAGCAGCUGGAAGCAGCAGCGAGGAAGAUGGAGGAGGUGAAAUCUCAGGGUGAAAGUGCAGAAGAAGUUCAGGGGAAAGAAGGGGAAUUAGAAAAUAAAGGUACACAGCAAGGUUCCCAAGCAUUACUCAAUCAAGCUGUUUCAACAGAAACUACAACUCCCUCCGACGGACAGGGUGGAGCAGCUGGGGAGAAGUCGCAGGAGAACACAGGAGACGCCUGCUCUCCUGCAGCUGGAGGCAAAACACAAACUUUUUUAUCACCAGGGAGCGGUCAAACUCAAGAAAGCACACAGCCAGCUGAUGAGAACACACAAACACUUUUUUCAUCAGCUUCUCCAGGGGAAGACGGACACACUCCACAUUCAGAAAGGGUGUCGGAGGUAUUCCAUCAGAGUGCCUUCGAGCAGGUGUUCGCUUCUCUUCAGAAGACUCGGCUCAAUAUGGAGUCUUUCCAACGGCUCAGGAAAAUUUACGGAGACCUGGAAUGUCAAUACUGUGGUAAACUGUUCUGGUACAAAGUCCACUAUAACGUCCAUGUGCGCACUCACACCAAGGAGCACUCGCAUUACUGUUCAAAGUGCAGCUACUCGUCCAUCACCAAAAGCUCUCUGAAGCGCCAUCAGAUCCAGAAGCACAGCGGCCUGCUGCUGCCUUGUACGAGUCCUGGCUGUAAAUACACUACACCUGACAAAUACAAACUUCAGGCCCAUUUGAGGACGCACCAGGAACAGGGGAAGAGUGUGACUUGUCCUGUGUGUCAGAACAGCUACCCAGAGCACAGACUAAAACACCACAUCAAAACAUCCCAUCCUGACACACUAUCUGUGCAGGGUAAAGGACUGAUGGUGCAGCGUGCAGAGAAGUGCCCCUACUGUGACUCCUACUUCCUAAAGAACAGCAGUGAUUUCCAGCGGCACAUCUGGGCCCACCAGGGUUUGAAGCCAUACGUCUGCACUGUGUGUGACUACGCCGGCCGCAGUAGGAGCAACCUGAAAACUCACAUGAAUCGACACAACACAGAGAGACGUCACCUCUGUGACCUGUGCGGGAAAAAGUUCAAAUCUAAAGUCACGCUCAAAAGCCACAGACUGAGCCACACAGAUGAAGGAAAGCGGUUUCAGUGUUCAGAGUGCGACUUCACCUCGGUCUCCAAACCUUCCUUGCUCAGACACAUGGAGCAACAUGCUGAGUUUAAACCUUUCCGCUGUGCUCACUGCCACUACUCCUGUAACAUCGCUGGUCCCCUGAAGCGACACUACAACAUUAAACACCCGGAUCAGAAAUAUCAGAAUGCCGGACCUGGACUGCCUAACCCUGAUGCUCUCAAACAACAAGGUGGUAUGAAGUGUCCCGAAUGUGAAUUUGUUUAUGGCACCAAGUGGGAGCUGAACCGCCACCUGAAGAGCAAACACAGUCUGAAAGUGGUGGAAGGCACCUGGGAGGUGGAGGAGGCAGUUGAGGCGCAGUACGUGUCUGUGGAGGAUGGAGAACAGCUGACAGAAGUCCCUGUAGCAGCCCUGCAGGACAAUGUUAACAUCCAGCAGAUCACUGAGUUCAGUUCAGAGACUCAGGACGCCGUCACCUCCAUGGUCGCCAUGGCUCCAGGCACCGUUACUGUCGUACAACAGUUGCAGGUGGGCGACGAGCAGGAAGUCGGGAGCUGCAGCAACCAGCUGAUGGUGGUGAACGCGGAGGGGGGUCUAACUGGUGACCAGGUGAUGGUGGUGGAGGACGCACACGGCCUGGAGGCCCUGACAGUCCUGACUCAGGGAGAAAGUACUCACCACUAUAUUGUCUACGUCCAGGAACACACUGUAGAAAUCAACUAGUAAAGCUAUGUACCGAUAAGCAAUACAAUCAGGAUGAAGUGAAUGUUUCCCUUUCAUCAUUAAGAAUGUCCUUAAUCAGAUUUAUUUUUUAGUCACUUGGUAAUCUUGAAAACCACAAGUGCAAUACUUGUUUGUGUGAUCAUGUGACAUAUUUUGUACUUACAAAGUAUAUUUGAAUAAAAUCCCUGUCCUGCUCUG